AGUGCGCAGCCUGCUCCUCCGCCCUCAUCCUCCUCCUCAUCCUCCUCCUCAUCCUCAUCCUCCUCCUCGCUCUGCUCAGCAGCAGACUCCUCAGGAGCAGACUGUCCUGACCAUGGAAGCUGAGGCAUCUUCUUGGUUCUUCAGCUGAGUUCCAGACUGACACAUUUGCUCUCUGAUGGUUAAGCAACUUCUGAAGGAUGCAGACUCAGGCCAGGGGUGCUGUCUUGCUAACCAGGAGCAGACUUCUCCAAAGCCUGUGGAGGAGAUGUAGGAUCUUCAAGCAAAUUCUGGCAGCUGGAGUUUCCCGAUAGCAGAUAAAAUUCUUUGACCACCAUGAGUUGGAGCUUCCUGACCCGCCUGUUAGAGGAGAUCCACAACCACUCCACCUUUGUGGGUAAGAUCUGGCUGACGGUGCUGAUCGUGUUCCGGAUCGUCCUGACUGCUGUGGGAGGAGAAUCCAUUUACUACGACGAGCAGAGCAAGUUUGUGUGCAACACGGAGCAGCCAGGCUGUGAGAAUGUUUGCUACGAUGCUUUUGCUCCUCUCUCCCACGUGAGGUUUUGGGUCUUUCAGAUCAUCCUCAUCGCCACCCCCUCUGUCAUGUACCUGGGAUACGCCGUCCACAAGAUCGCCCGGAUGGUGGAACACGGGGACACCGAGAGGAGAUCCAGAGGCAAAACCUUCUCCGUGCGCUGGAAACAACACCGGGGCUUGGAGGAAACUGAGGAGGACCACGAGGAGGACCCAAUGAUGUACCCAGAGAUGGAGCUGGAGAGCGAGCGGGAGAACAAAGAGCAGCAGCCCCCUGCCAAAGCCAAGCACGACGGCCGGAGGCGGAUCCGGGAAGAUGGGCUCAUGAAAAUCUACGUCCUGCAGCUGCUGGCGAGGACCACGUUUGAGAUUGGCUUCCUGGUGGGUCAGUAUUUUCUGUAUGGCUUCGAGGUCAGCCCCAUGUUUGUCUGCAGCAGGAAGCCGUGCCCCCACAAAAUCGAUUGUUUCAUUUCCAGGCCGACCGAGAAGACCAUUUUCCUGCUGAUAAUGUACGGGGUGAGCUGCAUGUGUUUACUUUUGAAUGUCUGGGAGAUGCUCCAUUUGGGAUUUGGCACAAUCCGGGACACGCUGAACAAUAAGAGGAAAGAGCUGGAAGACUCUGGUACCUACAAUUACCCUUUCACUUGGAACACACCCUCUGCUCCUCCGGGCUACAACAUCGCUGUCAAACCAGAGCAGCUGCAGUACACGGACCUGUCCAACGCCAAGAUGGCCUACAAGCAGAACAAAGCCAACAUAGCUCAGGAACAGCAGUAUGGAAGCAAUGAAGAAAACAUUCCUGCCGACCUGGAAACUCUGCAGAGGGAAAUCAAAGUGGCUCAGGAGCGCCUGGACCUCGCCAUCCAGGCUUACAACAACCAAAACAAUCCCAGCGGUUCCAGGGAGAAGAAAUCCAAAGCUGGCUCCAACAAAAGCAGUGCCAGCAGCAAGUCAGGAGAUGGGAAGAACUCUGUCUGGAUUUAAUGUUGGCUGAGGUUGUAGACUGUGGGUUUUUCUCCCAGUUUAUUGUAACCAGCAACCCCUCGAAUAAUGGCUCCCACUGAGUAAAUACCUGACUGCUUAUUUUCAGGGAUACCGUUGGCUCGUGAUCCAACCCCUCAGAAAGGGUUUGUAUGCAUCUUCUAGGAUUCUAGGACUUCUAUCUUCUGUCUUCCAAGCCAGGAGACAAGUAGGUAUAUUUAAAUCAUUCUCAUUGAACGGUUUAUGCUGUAUGUACAGAAUUAUAGUACAUUUAUUAUGCACAAUUUUUUGUAUUUGUACACUGGAUCUCUGAUGUUACACUUUUUUAUA